AUGGCCAGCGAAGCUCUCCCUAAGGAUCAAGACCCUGAGUUACAAGGGAUCUUAGAAGGAAAUGCCCGAUUCCGCCGUUUGGGCUGGAAGCGACUGACUGUCAUCUCGAUAGUCGAGGCGAUCGCCCUGGGGAGCCUAGGUCUACCAUCUGCAUUCGCUGCUUUGGGAAUGGUCGCAGGCGUGAUCCUAACUAUUGGAAUCGGCUUCGUCGCAAUCUACGCGGGCUACAAUAUCGGCGAAGUCAAGCUGCGGUAUCCACAAGUGGGUCAUUAUGCAGAUGUCGGACGACUUCUGCUGGGGAAUUUGGGAUCAAAACUCUUCGUGGGCAGCUUUGUUGCUCUUCUUGUCUUCGUCAUUGGAUCGCACUGCUUGACUGGUGCGAUUGCAUUCCAGAAUAUCACUCAAAGCAGUUCGUGCUCCAUUAUCUUUAGCGUUGCAUCUGCUGCAAUUCUGAUGUUGCUCGCUAUUCCUCCGUCGUUUGCGGAGAUUGCGAUAUUGGGCUACAUUGAUUUCGCGUCGAUUGUCAUUGCCAUUGGGGUUACGAUGAUUGCGACUGGUAUUCAGAGCUCGAAUGGUUCUGGUGACUUUGCUGCGGAUCUCUCGCCGUGGUCCGCUUGGCCGAAGCCUGGUCUCACUUUCUCUGCGGCUAUCGUAGCCACCAAUAAUAUUGUUUUUGCGUAUUCCUUUGCUGGUUGUCUGCCGUCGUUCAUGGAAGAUAUGCAUACCCCCGAGGACUAUGUCAAAACGCUAUGGUGGCUAGGAGGUAUCCAAAUCGUUAUCUAUACCCUCACAGGGUCAAUCAUUUAUGCCUUUGUCGGGCAGGAGGUGCAAUCACCUGCUUUGCUGUCCGCGGGGCCCGUCAUCUCAAGGGUUGUCUUCGGCAUAGCGCUUCCAGUCAUCUUCAUUUCCGGAUCUAUCAAUACAACUGUCGUCUGUCGAUAUAUCCAUGGCAAAAUAUACCGGGACUCAGUCGUUCGCUUCGUCAAUACCGCGAAGGGUUGGAGCACAUGGCUUGGUCUUGUGUUUGUGGUUACUAUCUUGGCUUGGAUCAUUGCUGAGGCCAUCCCCAUCUUUUCCGAAUUGCUCUCUAUUAUUUCUUCCCUGUUCGUGUCUGGUCUGUCUUUCUAUAUCCCACCAAUCAUGUGGUAUACGCUUUUGAGAGAGGGUGCAUGGUAUGAAAAACAUAAUUUGAAGCCAGCAAUUUUGAAUGGUGUGGUAUUCCUAGUGGGCAUGAUUAUUUUUGGAUGUGGUACCUAUGCUAGCAUCGCUGAACUGGUGGAUAAAUUUGAGUCGGGGUCAGUAAGUAAGCCAUUUACCUGCGCUUGA